AGUCACAAAAUCUGAUGAGUCACCAAAUACGGUGUAACACCUGUAAUCUUUUUUAUCUGCUCUGCAGCCCGCGUCAGCAGUCAUGGCAACAGCGUGUAAUGCCUUUUACUUAAAUGUCUUUUCUUUCCGCAUUUCUUAAUCGACAAGAGAGCAAUUUGGGGUUUAGUCGUCGGUAUUGGUAGGCUGGAAAGGUGUCCCAUUUCCAUCGAAAGCCGGUUGAACAAGUUGCUGUCAGGUGUUAAAUCAGAGGCUGGAGGCAGCGCGCAGGUGAAGCCUCACAGCAGCAGGCUGGGAUUCACCGCAGGCUGCUGUGAGAUCAGCUAAACCACUGACGGUAUACAUUAUCAUUCCGGAAAAUAAGUUAUUUUAAACUUACUCCCUUGAGUGGACGGCAGUGCGGUUGAGCCGCAGAGCGGACUCCCCUCACCCAGUCCGCGAGACCCCCUGCUCAGUCCUGACUCACACAUGGAUGUUCAGGGGUAUAAGUGGGUGCGUUGGCGUGUGUGGCUGUGUCGUCUGUUUGCUGUGCUGUCCUUGGGUCUCCUCCCGAUUGUGUUUCACUGGCGCCCACGGCUUGCUGUCCUCGCCCGCUGCUCCUCCUGCCCUCUGGCUUUGGCAGAUAUUCUUCUAAUAAGAGACAGUUUUGGCCAGCAGCAUGUGGUGGAGGUCCUCACAGAGGAGAUGGAGGAGGGAAGUUCGGAGGUGUUGGGAACCCUGGAGGAUACUGAAUGGAGGGAUACAGUUCAGCUGUACAAGGAGGAGAAAACGCUCCUCCGUUACUACCUGUUUGAAGGGCUGCGCUACGUCUGGCUGGACAGGAAGGGAGCCUUCUGUCGUGUUAGUGUCCUCAAUGAGGACUGGACCUGCAUGGACCUGUAUGGCUUCCAAAAGGGCCUGAGUCACCUGGAGCAGAGCUUGAGGAGACGCGUGUAUGGGCCCAACCUUAUUGAUGUGCCUGUGAAGCCUUACAUAAGAUUGCUGUUUGAGGAGGUCCUCAACCCGUUCUAUGUGUUCCAAGUGUUCAGCAUCGUCCUGUGGAUGAUUGAUAAAUACUAUUAUUACUCCUCGUGUAUAUUUAUUAUCUCCCUUCUCUCCAUCAGUAUCUCACUUUAUGAAAUCCGCAAGCAAAGCGUCACUCUACGUAACAUGGCACGGUUGGUCACAAAUGUCACAGUACGCAGAAACAUGGGAGAGGAGGAGUGUGUGAGCUCGGUGGAGCUCGUCCCUGGUGACUGUAUAAUCAUCCCUCAGGAGGGUAUGCUGCUACCCUGUGAUGCUGCUGUGCUGGCUGGGGAAUGUCUGGUCAACGAGAGUAUGCUCACAGGUGAAAGUGUCCCAGUGCUGAAAACCCCAUUGCCGGCUGGUGAGGGGAGGUACAGCUCAGAGACCGAGCGUAGACACACCCUCUUCUGUGGUACGCAGCUCAUCCAGGCCAAAGGGGGAAGGCCAGGAGGCGGCGGUGCUGUCGCUGUGGUAACAAGCACUGGGUUUUUUACAGCCAAAGGUAACCUGGUCAGCUCCAUUUUGUAUCCUCAGCCAACAAACUUUCGCUUCUACCAAGAUUCUGUCAAGUUCCUGUUCAUCCUGGCUUUUGUUGCUUUAAUUGGCACCAUUUACAGCUUUGUGGUCCUCCUCAGAAGCAAUGUGACCUGGAUGGAGUUAGUGAUGAGGAGCCUGGAUGUUGUGACCAUCGCGGUGCCUCCUGCCCUGCCUGCUGCCAUAACCACUGGCACGAUCUACGCCCAGCGCAGGCUGAAGAGCCAGGGCGUCUUCUGCAUCAGUCCGCCACGCAUCAACAUCUGUGGCAAGAUUUCACUCUUCUGCUUUGACAAGACAGGAACUCUGACAGAGGAGGGUCUGGAUGUUUCGGGAGUGGUGGAGGGGGGACCCACUGGUUUCUCAGUGCUGGUUCCAGACCCCAGACACCUGCUGCCGGGGCCCAUGCUCUCAGGCCUAGCCUGCUGUCACACUGUGACGCUGCUGCAGGGUGAGCCCCUCGGAGACCCUCUGGAGCUCAAGAUGUUAGAGUCCACUGGUUGGACACUCUGGGAGCCAGAGGGAGAUGGAAGGGUGCUGGAUGCAGAGUUCGGAGGCCACAAAGUUUUGGCUGUAAUGAGACCUCCUACAGCUGGAAGAACUUCCACAAGUGAGUCAGUGGCCAUUGUCCAGAGGUUUCCCUUCUCCUCGGCCCUGCAGAGGAUGAGUGUGGUGACGGUGGGCCGCGGGGGACGCUCGGCUCUCGCUUUCAUCAAAGGAUCACCAGAGAUGGUGGCUAGCCUGUGCCGAGAAGAUACCGUGCCGGCACAGUUCUCAAGCAAACUGCGUAACUUCUCUAGUGAAGGACUCAGGGUUCUUGCACUUGGCUAUAAACCAUUAGAUGAGAAGACUGACCUAAAGACCAUCGAACGAGAAGCUGUAGAGAAAGACAUGCAGUUCCUGGGCUUCCUGAUGAUGAAGAACCUGGUGAAGCCACAGAGUGCAAAGGUUAUCAACAUCCUGAGACAGGCACAGCUUCGCAGCGUCAUGGUCACUGGGGACAACAUUUUAACUGCAGUCAAUGUUGCAAAAAGCUGUGGCAUGGUGGGGUCUGAUGAGAAGGUGAUAUUUGUCAAUGCCACCCCCCACACUGCUCAGUCCAUGCCCAGCCUGAGAUUCAGCCUGGGAGACGGAGGGACACAAAACUCCAUAGAGGUCAUCACCCAGGGCCUGUACCAGGGUGGUUUUGGUUAUCACUUGGCUAUUAAUGGAAAGUCCUUUGCUGCCCUCUGUGACCACUUCCCUGAGUAUCUGCCAAAGGUUUUGAUGCGAGCCACAGUAUUUGCACGAAUGGCACCUGACCAGAAAACCCAGCUGGUGAAGGAGCUGCAGAAACUGAAUUACCGGGUGGGCAUGUGCGGGGACGGGGCCAAUGACUGCGGGGCCCUGAGAGCUGCCGAUGUCGGGGUUUCUCUGUCUGAAGCCGAGGCCUCAGUCGCUUCGCCUUUCACUUCCAAGACGGGAAACAUCAGCUGUGUACCGCUGCUCAUCAGAGAGGGCCGAUGUUCUCUGGUCACCUCCUUCAGUCUCUUCAGAUACAUGGCCCUGUACAGCCUCAUUCAGUUCAGCGCCGUCCUCAUCCUCUACACAGUGAAGACAGACCUGGGUGACCUGCAGUUCCUGUUCUGUGACAUUGUUCUGGUGACUCUGCUGGCCAUCGUGAUGGGGAGAGGAGGCCCCAGUACGGAGCUGCACCACUGCAGACCCCCGGCCAGUCUGCUGGCCCUGCCCGUCCUGGGGAGCCUCUUCAUCCACACCUGUACGAACAUCCUGGGCCAGCUGGCAGCACUCUUCAUCACUACCUCGCAGGACUGGUAUGUUCCACUCAAUUCGACACUGUCUGGAGCAGCCAAUCUGCCCAACAUGGAGGACACCAGUGUGUUUGCCUUGUCAGGUUUCCAGUAUAUCAUGAUGGCUGUGGUGGUCACCAAGGGUUACCCUCACAAGAAACCUCUCUACCAUAAUGUGAUCUUCCUCUGUCUGUUGCUCAUCCUCUUUGCCCUGAUGACUUGGCUGGUGCUGUAUCCUACGCCCAUCAUUGCCAAAUAUCUUCAACUUUAUGAAAUCUCUGACAUGGAUUACAAAUUGCUGCUCGUCGCUCUGGCUGCUCUCAACUUCCUCAUAUGUUUUGUGGUGGAGGUGCUGAUAGAUAUGGGAAUCCUGAACUGUCUUCGCUUGAUGCGUCAAAAGCGUUCGUCCAAAAAACAGUAUAAACGUCUGAACGUCAUCCUGUCUGACUGUCCGACAUGGCCGCCCCUGAAUCAGACCCUGUCCCCCGCAGAGCACACAGUCAUCGGCUUCAGCUAGCAUCUGCCUGCCCCCCCUCUGUCGAACACUAUCAGUCACCCAAGCCAGACAAAGCUGUGGAUGUCUGAGCUGCAUCUACAACUGGACCAACAAUGCAAACUUAUGUUUACCUUUGUGAAUAAAUUGUUUUUAUGUCAGCUGUCGUGUGUGUAUUUUGGAGGACAUUAAUAUUCGCUAUGAAGUUAUAGCAUGAUUUAAUAUUGUGAUCCUGUGGGUGUUUAACGGACUAUGCUGGUGGGUUUUCAUGUUUCAGCCUAUUAAAGGAUCAGUUCAUCCAAAUUACAAAGGAAAAGAACGUGAUAUCUGGCCAUAGAGUCGGUAUAUAUUAGUCGAGGUCUCCCACCCCCCUUGUAUGUACUUAUACUGUGAGACAAAAGCUGCUGCCUGCCAGUUCAAAGUAAUGAAAUGAACAUGCAUCACAACACAAAAUGACAUUUUUUGCAAAUCAUUUUAUUAAAUCUGUAUUUACAGGCAGUUUGUGUUCUCACUCAGAGCUCAGCUAAACCCGUCUUUGUCUCCUGCACUGCUGCUAGAUUUCCUGAACUAAAAUCUCUUCCAGUAUUCUGAAUUUUCCCUCAGGUAUACUCAGUUUUUCACUUACUACAGUAACAAAAUCAACAACCAGGAAGUAAAAGGUGUGAUACAGGAGGCACAAGCUGAAUUCAACCAUUACAAGAACUUUUCUGUUGAUGGAUGUGCACCACUGAAUAUGGCUUUAUUGAGAUCUCCUCUCCGUUUGAACAGAUAAAAAGGUGAAAAACUAAGAACAUCUACUGGGCACAGCGGUCCUGGACAGCCAGGUAGUCAUUUCCUCUCUGGGUCACGUAUAACUGUUUAUAUUCUCCGUUUCAGCAGUGGACCAUCAGUUAAAAAUGCCAGAUAGUGAACAAUCACACAGGGAGUGAUGUUACCGUUUCUUACUGUGACCACGAUGCCAACAGUCAAGACUAGUGAACAGACAGAAAACAAAACAAAACAAAAUAAAAACAACUAACUGACAGACUGGCAUUCAGUCGUUCAUCUUAGGACGUGGACAUCUCUUCAGUUACAUUUCACCUCAUUCUCAACUCGAGCUUUAAUACGGACAUUUGCUGUUCUAGCAAUCCAACCUGCUGGAAAAAUACAAUCUUCGUUCAUUUCAUUCAUUCAGUCUGGUUCACUUGCACCUGAGUUCCUGCAUAACUGUAAGUCAGUGAAGGACAUGAAGAGAGGAGCACACCGCUGACGAGGUGGAGAUAUGACGGAGAGGCUUGUGAAGUACAGCAGUAAAUUCAUUCUCCAUCUGACCCUCCCUUUAGUUGCUGCCGACACCGACUUAAAAUAACGACAUCUGAAUUAAUUGAUAUAUAUACAGGGUGAUUUUAAAAUGGGCUUUUGGUUUGUUUCGAUUAAAAUACUGCUCGACAUCACUGCCGUCUCUUACAAAAAGGCAGAAAAGCUACUUAAAAUGGACUUCAAUCCACAAUCUUCAUUUGCUUUUUUUUUUUUUUUUUUUUUUUGCUUUUACUUUUAAA